UAUUCAUUUCUGUUUCAUCUAUUUUUCUAAAAAAUAAAAAUACACCUCUUGGAAAGGUCAUUUUGAUCUUGUGUUGAGGGUAUUUGGGAUACUUCAUUGUGUUCUUGUUUUAUAAACUUGAACUAGUUGAAGUUGUUGUUGUAAUUUACAGAUUCUGCAUACCCGAUUAUAUUGUGGAAGAUAACAGGUGGUGAUACAGCCCUGCACAAGGCCAUGAGGACUGGAUGUGUAGAAACUGUCAGACUCUUGGUGGCACAAGAUCCUGAUUUCGAGUUUCCAGCAAACAAUGCUGGGGAGACACCACUCUAUCUGGCCGCGGAGUCUGGUCUUGUUAACUGUUUUUCAGAAAUCUUAGAACACUGCAACAGACCAACAUACAGUGGUCCAUAUGGUCGAACGGCUUUGGAUGCGGCAAUAAUCCAGAAACAUAUGGAUUGUGCGACAUCACUGUGGGAAUGGAACAAAUCAUUAUGCGAGGAAACUGACAAAUGGGGUUGGAAUCCACUGCAUUAUGCUGUUAAACAAGGAUUGAGAGUAGCAGUUCGUAAAAUGCUGGGGUGGAAGACAUCGUUAGCCUACACUCACGCAGGCAAUGGAAAUGACUGGGCAACAUCUAUUCAUAUUGCAGCCAAUGUAGGUCAUGUAAACAUGAUACGUGAGCUAUUAUUUCACUGUCCAGAUAGCUUGGAAAUGCUUAACAGCAAUGGCCAAAAUACUCUUCGUGUUGCCAUAUCGAAUUUUAAAACAAGAGUAGUCAGAUUCUUAUUGAAUUCUAAAGAAUCUCAUAACCUUAUUGACUAGCCAGAUAAUGAUGGCAACACUCCUCUCCAUUUGCUUGCUGCCACUUACCGGAUAAGUGUGUCUGUCAAAUUAAGAAGACAUGUGAGUACAAAGAAGAUGUUAUUUAACAAAGAAAACCAGACUUCACUUGACAUAUCAGUGUCUAGCACAGAGAGAACACAGCUGGUGAAAUGGUCAUUCAAGUGGAAUCUCGGCCAUUGUCGAUUAGGACGGCGUGAUUUUGAGAUAAAAUGGAAGAAAAUACAGAAGCCAGAAGACGAAACAGAGUCGAGGGAGAACACAGCUAAGAAAGAUAUUAUGGAGGCAACUCGAAUACAUCUAGUAGUUGCCACUCUACUAGUUACUGUUACCUUUGCAGCAGGUUACACCUUACCGGGAGGUUUUGAAAGCGAUCUCAAUAGCUCUACUAAAGGGAUGGCCAUUCUAAUAAGGGAAACAGCGUUCCGUGCAUUUGUUGUCUCAGAUGACAUUGCCUUUACAUGCUCUGCUUGUGCUGUAUUUUGCUACUUCUUCAUUGUGGUAAAUACAGCAGGUGUGAAAAAAUUAGUAAUUAUAACUGCGCUAUCAUAUAGCAAUUUUUUUGCAGCUUGUGGCGAUGUUAGAAGUUGUAAUUGCAUUUGUAACUGGUAUGUAUGCUACUUUAGCACAUUCAGUUGGUCUAUCUGUUACUGUCUGUGUCAUCGGUUGCA